AUGGAGGUCUCAAGCAGCAAUGGUUUCUUGAUCAUUCUUCUAGUUGCAGUUUCAGUGGCAGUAGAAAUCAAUGCAGCGAGUUUGACCUGUCGCUUGAGAACAAGCCCGUGCUUUCUUGUGAAGAUUACUUGCCCAUUCGAAUGCCCAUCACCAACACCAAGCGAUCCUAAGGCCAAAGUUUGCUAUGUCAACUGUGAUUCUCCCAUAUGCAAGGCUGAGUGCAGAAAUCGUAAACCAAACUGCAAUAGCCCUGGAGCAGCAUGCUUGGAUCCCCGGUUCAUUGGUGGAGACGGCAUUGUGUUCUAUUUCCAUGGAAAGAGAGAUGAGCAUUACAGCUUAGUAUCCGAUCUUAAUCUUCAAAUCAAUGCUCGUUUCACUGGCCUCAGGCCGGCAGGCAGAAGCAGGGACUACACUUGGAUUCAAGCCCUUGGUUUUCUCUUUGAUUCCAACACCUUCUCUCUCGAGGCUACUCGAGCAGCAACAUGGAGUGAAGAAGUUGACCAUCUGAAAUUCACUUACAAUGGGAAAGAACUUGUCAUAACUGAAGGCCAUCGCUCUUCCUGGGAAUCUCGAGAAGGCAGCCUGAGAGUUGAGAGAACGUCAAACAAGAACAGUAUCUUGGUCACCCUCCCAGAUGUCGCCGAAAUUUCAGUUAACAUAGUGCCUGUGACAAAGGAAGAUGAUAGAAUUCAUAACUACCAGAUUCCUUCUGAUAACUGUUUUCCUCACUUGGAGAUACAGUUUAGAUUCAGUGGCUUAUCCUCAAAAGUUGAAGGGAUACUUGGCAGGACUUACCAGCCAGAUUUCCAGAAUCCUGCAAAGCCAGGAGUGGCAAUGCCAGUAGUGGGAGGUGAAGACAAGUACAGAACCUCAUCACUUCUCUCUUCAGACUGCAAUUCUUGCCUCUUCAACCCAGAUGGAGCUUUUGACCAAGAGAAUGCAUUGCUGAAGGAUUACGGCGUGUUGGACUGUAAUGGUGGUGCCACCAGUGGAAAUGGAAUAGUAUGCAGGAAAUGAGAGUGAGAAAUGUAAAAUACUCACUGAACAAUUCAUUCUUCUGGUUCUACAAAAUAAUUGUUGAAGAUUUGCCAAUAAAAACGAGAUGGA